AUGGAAGUUAAUACUUCCAUAAGCAACACCCUCUACAAGGUCUUCAACAACGAGCACAGCUUGGAUCUGAGGAGCCUCUGCAUAAGUCCUGGAGAGCACUGCUGGGUGCUUUAUGUGGACGUGUUGCUGCUUCAGUGUGAUGGAAAUUUAUAUGAUGCCAUCUCGAUAGCGAUCAAGGCUGCCCUCUUCAACACAAAAAUCCCCAGAGUCCACAUAUCGUCGGAUGACGAGGGAGGGAAAGAGAUCGAGCUCUCGGACGACCCCUACGACUGCAUGAGAGUUGAUGUAGAAAACGUUCCCUGUAUAGUGACUUUGUGCAAGAUCGGCCACAGGCACGUGGUGGACGCCACUCUUCAGGAGAUGGCCUGCUCUGUGGCGAGCCUCAUCAUCUCCGUCACGCACAAAGGUGUAAUCACCUGCACGAGGAAGGUGGGGAGAGGAAGCCUGGACCCAGAGAGCAUCUGUGAGAUGACAGAGGCAGGAAGACGAGUGGGGAAAGCUCUCCACUCUCCUCUCAUGAAGCUUCUGCAGCAGGAGGAGAGUCUGGGCAAGAAGAGGCAGAAAGUUGGCUUUCUUGGUUAAAACCACUUCUUUAUGCUGUUUGUGUUUACGUGUAUAUGUCAUUUACUAAUAAAAACAUGCUUGUAGACUUUUCA